AGCUCAGUAUCGGCAGGCAAAAGGCAUCAGUUGCAAUCGUGUCUUCACUGCAGUCAAGUAUCUUCAGCUUAUCAAGCCCCAACCACACCAAACAAUCCCAUCCAAGAUGUACUCCAAAGUUGUGAUUGCCUUCGCUCUGUGCGUUCUGAGCACCGUUUCGGCCGGUGUCGUUCCCGUGGCGGCUCCGUUGGCGGCGGCUGGUGUCAUUGCACCGUACGCCACGUCGUACAAUGCGCACACGGUAAACCACAACAUUGCUGCCCCGUACGUUGCUGCCACACCUGUCGCCGCUCCGGUCGCUGUGGCCAAGUAUGUCGCCGCGCCUGCCCCAGUGGCGGCCGUUGCACCAGCAGUGGCCAAGUACGUUGCUGCCCCGGCUGCCGCCUACACCGCUUACAGUGCGGCUCCGGCUGCCUACACCGCCUACAGUGCGGCUGGUGCUCCGGUGCUGCCGGCUGCCGCCUACACGGCCUACAGUGCCGCCACCUAUCCGUACCUCUUCUAAAAGGUGCCUGUGAUGUAUUUCUGUUGAUCUUCGCGAUUCAAGAACGCUUGCCUUUCUGCUGUCCUGCAGUAGUACAGUUCUUAACGCAGGGGAGUUCCAUCUCUCAGCUUAGCGAUUACUUUCAAUCAGUGUAAUGCAAAAUAUACGAAUAAUUGUGUAACAUAAA